AUGACCAAAAACUCCCUCAUCAUGCACGCCGCCGUCAUCACCUCCUUCUUCACCGGUCCGCCAUCAAUUAUUCCAGAAGAAGAAUCGAUGGUGGAGGAGAAGAUUCAGAAGACACCAAGAAUGACGAAAACCGAUGAGGAGAAGCUAGUGGAUGAGAACUCGAUGGAGUGCUUUCUCGAGUUUCUUAUUGAGUUCUUUAACUAA